AUGGCUUUUCUCAUGCAACCCAUCACUCUGUUCCCUCUUCGAAGCGGCUACUCGGUCGGAGUUCUCGCCACUUAUUUUGGGUUCACUUCCCAUCAACUGAUGGUUUUUUCGCUCGGAACAUCUGCUUAAAGCUCUCUUUAAUUUCAGACUGUGCUCUCAUUUCUGUUCAGCUUUCAAAUCAACACUCUCAGUGUGUGCUUCCUUCGAAAACAUCAGGUUCUAGCGAGACUCGGCCACAAGUACGAACUGUCUCCACAAGUUUACGCCUUUUUCAUGUUCGCGUUCUAUGCAUUCGCCGUCACUUUUGCAGUUGUUUUCAAUCUGGCCGGAGUGCGAGAAGACGAAAUCUACAAUAUUAUAUUACAGGUUGUGCAAAUGAGAUGAGAAGUCGUUCAAGUCUAUUCACGUCUUUCAAUUGCAGGACUAUCCACAGUUUCUGUCUCAGUUCAUGCACAUUCGCGAGUUUGCCCUCUACAAGUUGAACCCGAUGCUCAUCGCCUGGUUCUCGAUGGCUAUUCUCGGGUGUCUGCAGACAGGCAUCACUGUCUCCGUUCUCGUCUUCCAAAUGUUUUCGAUCCUUCUGGAACAACGACUUCAUCUGUCCAAAAGCACUCUUGAGAAGCAUCGAGUUGCACUUUGGAGUCUGAUCGUCCAGUUCUUCGUGGCUCCCAUCGGAGUCCUGCCCGAAAUGUUGAUAAUUCUGACGGUGGUGAUCGAGUUUAAGUACGCGCAAAGUGAGUGUGCACCUCGAAACCCUUUGAAAGUGUCCGGGAGUUUCAGUUUUCACCUGGUUCGGUCUGAUGGUAAUGACGACGCACUCGAUCAUCAACUCGCUCGUCGUCAUUUUCACGUUUCCCGAGUUUCGGGCUAUUGUCAUUUUCUGGAACAGAAACGGAUCAAAAACGUAUGAAAGCAAUAGCUAGCUAUUUCGGGCAAGUGUAGUUUUCAGAAGGCUCACUGCGAGCGGACGAGGACCUCAAGUCGUUUGGGAUUUGUCGAGUGCCACGCGACAACAUUCAAAUCAAACUCAAACUUUCAUGACAUGA